AUGAAGAUUGAGCUUUAUUUGAACUUUCAGUUAAGAAAUUUUUCCAUGCAAUCUAAACUCGACUUGUUGCUAAGCUUUUUUAAAACAUCAAAAUUAAUUUUAACAUCGUUGUAUGCAUAUGUCCUAAACGAUAUACAGCAUGCCCAAGUAAAAACUGCAGUUCAGCACUUGGUUCAACAUAAUCAUAAAUUUUACUUGCUUAGUUAUUUCAUGAUGCUUCUAAAUACUUGGUUACAAAAUGCUGCAGAAUUGUAA